AUGCCAACAGAUCACGAAGAGCCCUGUGGUCCCAGUCACAGGUCAUUUUGCCUAAAUGGCGGGAUGUGUUAUGUGAUACCUACUAUUUCCAGCCCAUUUUGUAGAUGCAUUGAAAGUUAUACAGGAGCUCGUUGUGAAGAGUUUUUUCUCCCAAGCUCCAGCAUCCAGACUAAAAGUGACCUGUUUGCAGCUUUUGUGGCACUGACUGUUCUUCUAGGAACUCUUAUCAUUGGAGCCCUCUACUUCCUUUUCAGGAAGGGCCACCUUCAGAGGGCCAGUUCAGUCCAGUAUGAUAUCAACCUGGCAGAGACAAGCAGUACCAGUGCCCACCACAGUGAGUAA